CUCCCCACAGUGUCAUGGCCAAAAACGACAGGGCGGAACCGAUGGUUUACGUGUUCCCCCAUCGGGAACGCACUGGAAAUAAACACCUGCCCCCCAAUUACGAGGACUACCUCCACCGCAAGCCUAUUUCGACACUGGUCAUCAGCCGCACUAAUAAGCUUUUCCUUUACUAGUGGCCCUCCAUCCCGGACAGCACGGCAUUUAGGCAACCUUAAUAACAACAGACGCCAGUCAGUCUUUGAGUCAGUCGAGAGGUAGGGCUCCUUCGCAGAAGGCCACUGUCGC